AGGCGGGGCCGGUUCCUGUCCCGGCUUGUGCAGCUGGUGCAAAAUGAGCGUUCCUGACUACAUGCAGUGUGCUGAGGACCAUCAGACUCUCCUGGUUGUGGUUCAGCCUAUUGGCAUUGUACCUGAAGAGAGCUUUUUCAGGAUCUACAAGCGCAUCUCAGCAGUGAGUCAAGUUAAUGUGCGUGACUCUCAGCGGGUGCUAUACAUCCGUUACAGGCACCAUUACCCCCCAGAAAACAACGAAUGGGGGGAUUUUCAGACACACCGGAAGGUUGUAGGGCUGAUAACUAUUACAGACUGUUCUUCUGCAAAGGACUGGCCUCAGACGUUUGAGAAGUUCCAUCUUCACAAGGAACUGUACAGUGCUACUCUCUAUGAUUCCCGCUUGUUUGUCUUUGGGCUUCAAGGAGAGAUUGCAGAGCAGCCCCGCACAGAUGUGGCAUUUUAUCCCAGUUAUGAUGAAUGUGAAACUGUGGAGAAGAGAAUAGAAGAUUUUAUCGAAUCCCUCUUCAUAGUGUUGGAGUCUAAGCGACUUGAUAGAGCCACUGAUAAGUCUGGAGACAAGAUACCGCUCCUCUGUGUUCCCUUUGAGAAGAAGGAUUUUGUAGGUCUGGACACUGAUAGUAGGCACUAUAAGAAGCGUUGUCAGGGCAGGAUGAGGAAACAUGUUGGUGACCUGUGUUUACAAGCUGGAAUGUUACAAGAUUCCUUGGUCCAUUAUCACAUGGCAGUGGAACUUCUGCGCUCUGUGAAUGACUUUCUCUGGCUUGGAGCUGCUCUUGAGGGGUUAUGCUCAGCAUCAGUCAUUUAUCAUUACCCGGGUGGUACCGGAGGUAAAGUUGGAUCUCGCAGGGCACAAGGAGGUUCUCUUUCUGCUGAGGCAGGCAACAGGCACAGGCCAGGGGCACAAGAAGUUCUCAUUGAUCCAGGUGCUCUGACUUCAAAUGGUAUUAAUGCAGAUACCAGUGCAGAGAUAGGACGUGCCAAGAAUUGCCUUAGUCCUGAAGACAUCAUAGAUAAAUAUAAAGAAGCCAUUUCUUACUAUGGCAAGUACAAGAAUGCUGGGGUGAUUGAACUGGAAGCCUGCGUGAAGGCAGUGAAAGUCCUUGCAAUACAAAAAAGGAGCAUGGAAGCCUCUGAGUUUCUUCAGAAUGCAGUUUAUAUCAACCUUCGUCAGCUUUCAGAAGAAGAAAAAAUCCAGCGCUACAGCAUUUUGUCUGAGCUGUAUGAGCGGAUCGGCUUCCACCGCAAGUCUGCUUUCUUCAAGCGCAUAGCAGCGAUGCAGUGUGCAGCCCCCAGCAUCCCAGAGCCUGGCUGGAGGGCCUGCUACAAACUGCUUUUGGAAACCCUCCCUGGCUAUAGCUUAUCAUUGGAUCCUAACGAUUUCAGCCAAGGAACUCACAAAGGAUGGGCUGCAGUGCAGAUGCGUUUGCUUCAUGAACUAGUCUAUGCUUCCAGAAGAAUGGGCAACCCUGCUUUGUGUGUCAGACAUCUGUCUUUCCUUCUCCAGACCAUGCUGGAUUUUCUUUCUGAUCAAGAAAAGAAAGAUGUAACACAGAGCUUGGAGAGCUACACAGCAAAAUGCCCUGGUACAAUGGAAUACAUCACUCUUCCAGACGGUUUGAAGUUGCCUCCUGUUCCAUUCACCAAAUUGCCUAUUGUGAGAUCGGUGAAGCUCUUGAACCUCCCAGCCAGUCUCCGACCUCACAAAGUGAAAAGUCUGCUUGGUCAGAGUGUGUCAACCAAAAGCCCCUUCAUAUAUUCUCCAAUUAUUGCACACAGUCGGGAAGAAAAAAGUAAGAAAAUAGAGUUCCAGUGGGUCCAGGGAGAUGUAUGUGAAGUUCAGUUGAUGGUGUACAACCCUAUGCCUUUUGAGCUUCGAGUAGAAAACAUGGGUCUCCUGACAACAGGAGUAGAAUUCGAACCUCUUCCUGCAGCUCUUUCUUUACCUGCAGAAUCUGGUCUCUACCCGGUUACUCUUGUUGGUGUUCCUCAAACUACUGGGCAGAUCACUGUCAAUGGUUACCACACUUCAGUUUUUGGUGUCUUCAGUGACUGCCUUCUGGACAAUCUGCCAGGUGUCAAGACCAAUGGCUGUACUGUUGAAGUAAUUCCAGCUUUGCCAAGGCUGCAGAUCAGUACCUCCCUUCCAAGGUCUGCUCAUGCACUUCAGCCUUCUACAGGGGAUGAAAUCUUUACUAAUGUGUCUGUCCAGCUGUAUAAUGGAGAGUCCCAACAGCUUAUCAUUAAGUUAGAAAAUAUUGGAACAGAACCACUGGAGCAACUAGAGGUCACAGCAAAAACAGUCAACACCAAGGAGAAGCUGUAUGGAGACUUCUUGACUUGGAACCUAGAAGAUACGCUUUCCCAGUUUCCUCUAAAACCUGGAAAGACUGCAACACUCACUGUAAACAUUAAAGUGAAGCUGGACUUUUCAUGCCAAGAAAACCUUCUGCAAGAUCUCAGUGAUGAUGGAAUCAGUGUUAGUGGACUUCCGCUCUCCAGUCCUUUUCGGCAGGUUGUCAAACCAAGAGUAGAGACUAAACCUAUUAAUCCCCAAGAAAGCAGCAAAUCUGGUGACUUCAGUCAUGUGAAGACACUGGAAGCUAUUUUGAAUUUUAAGUACUCUGGUGGACCAGGACAUGUUGAAGGAUAUUACCGGACCCUUGCACUAGGCCUUCAUGUGGAAGUGGAACCCUCUGUUUUCUUUACACGUGUUAGUACCCUUCCAGCAACAAGCACUCGGCAAUGCCAUCUACUUCUAGAUGUCUUCAAUUCUACAGAACAUGAGUUGACUAUCAGUGCUAGGAAUAACGAAGAUUUAAUUCUGCAUGCUGGGGAGUGUCAGCGUAUGGCUAUCCAAGUCGAUAAGUUCAAUUUUGAGAGCUUCCCAGAAACCCCUGCCGAUGGGACUCAGUUUGCGAAUGCAAAGCAGCUGGAAGAAGAAAGGCAACAAGCAAAAGGAUUGGAGAUUAACAGCAAGCUGGAUAUUUGCUGGAAAAUUCCUUCCUUGAAGCGUGAAGGGGAAGCAAGUGUGGAAGGCGUCCUUAAUCAAGUGGUCCUGGAGAAUCUACAGUUGGCUCCUCUCCAGUGGGAUAUCCUUGUUGAUGGCCAGCUUUGUGACUGUGAUAUAGUGGUGAACUGCAAAGUGGGAGACCCUGUCCCACUGCAGGUGAAGCUGACCAACUGGAGCAAACGCAGUGUGGGGCCCUUUGCUCUCACCAUGAUGCCCUACCAAGAUUACCAGAAUGGCGUACACAACUAUGAGCUGCAAGACGCUAUCACCUUUGUGGGAUCCAACACCUUCUACAUUGAUUCUGUGAAGCCGACUGAAGACUCUGUGUACUUCGGAGCACUUCUCUUUCUCUACACAGGCGAUUUCUACCUGAACAUCAAAUUCCAUGAAGACAACUGCAGCAGAGAGCUGCCUCUCUCCUGGUUCUGCCUUCCUAGCGUCCACAUCCGUGCUACGGAGCCUGUGGUCUAAACUAAGCUGUAAAUACGCUGUGUGCUGUUUGAUUAACCACAGCGCACAGAAAUGCUUGGCACAUCCUCUGCUUGACCCCAGCUUGUUUCUGUCCAACCCCAGGCCACAGUCCCUCCUUUGGAGGAACAGCUGAACACUUUCUGAAUUGGCUGAUAGUCAUUUGGGCAGCUGCUUUAGCUAAUUUCAGAGAGAGACAGAGAGACAGAUUAUAGCUAUGCUAGAGUUUUUCUCUGCUUCAAAAAAGCCUUUGAAACUGCUAAUAUAUGCAUUUUACUUCCACAAACUCUAUUGAUAUCUGUGGGUUUGAAAGAGUCUCGAAGGCUGAAUUUAAGAGGGCUGAGUUUAACCAUGUGUUUGAAGGUCCCAAUUCCAAAUUGAAUAAUCCCAGUUUAGCAUUUUUCAACAAGAACUGUGUAUCUGUAUGAACUUACUCUGGCUUACACUGGACCUGUGACAUGUACCCUUGAGGUGCAGGUCUCUCUUAGGUUUGUUCACAGGCUUGUUCUUGUUCACUUGUUUGCUGAGUAUUUGGUAUCUUUGGUCAGAAAUAGCAGUGGUGAUGCUUCUUCCUGUGCUACUGAAAAUAAGAAUAGCAAAUGUGUCUCCAGCUAUUCAGUUCCUCCCCUGAGCUCAGUGCCACUUGCUCCUGGUAAAGUCACUCCCUUUAGUCUGGUAGAUCUGUGAACAAGGGAAGAAAGGCAAUGCACAGCUAAAGAGUUGAAGAGUUAUGUCCUUCAGAAAGGAAAUGAGCCAAGUUUUGGGUUGCCCAGUGCUUGCCUGUGAAUUUGGGCUUUCACAGUUCUGUUUAAUACAGCCACUUGAAAUGACUGAAGACAAAGAGCCACCAGAAUUAAUCAGCUGGUCAUUAAUAUAACUUUGUGUGAGUUGUCAUAACUUUUCUGAUCAGAUUUUUCAUGCUAAUAGACUGGGCUUGAGACUGGUUGGUUAUGUGGUUGUGUUUUUGUAUAGAGACCCGCCUUUACCCCAUGUAAAGCAAGGAGAUGUCUUAGCUGUAUGAUUAAUAUAUUAUUUGUUGGACCAUAUGUUUCUGAACUGUCUCAAUCUUUUCUUAAACUGAGAGCUUGCAGCCCUUAAAAUUGGUGGUAGAUGUGACAGGGGCACUCCAAGUAGCUCUGUAGGUGCUGAAUCUACAUGCACAACCUCUUUGUAGACUUUCUGUUUGUUUAGGCUUCAUCCACAUGUAGGCACGCCACUUCAUGCCUGACCUGGUCCAUCCUGCUCAUGUGGUGCAUUAGCUCAACUAGUGCAUUCUGGCUCUCUGCACCAUGCCCAUACGUGUCUAGUGUUUUCUGUAGGAAUGACAGUGCUCAGAACACAAUUCAUUGCAUGUUUGCAAAUGACUGUGAUGUAUUCAUCAGAAAUGUAUUUCUGAUUUGAGGGAACUACAGCUACAGCAUGAUAGCUGUAUUUCCACUGUAUGCAGGGUAUUAUCUCUAAAAACCUGUAUUUUGGCAACGUUACCAGUGUUUGCUCUUGAGCUGUGGCUCUGUACACAGCUUUGAAUGCCAGAGUGAAAGUCUUCUGUCUUAAACUGAUGGAAAACUGAGGCCAGCUGAAGAUUUACUUGCAAUGAUGUACUGCUCUGUCAGGUGCCAGCACGCAAUGUCCAGUAAGAAAACUGUUCCUUAGACUUGAACAGUGGCUCUGGAUAGAGACAUCCAUGGAAAGAAGUCCAAUCAGCCAAGUUAGGCAUGAUUUUAGCAUUGGUGGAGCUUGGCUGAGCAGGUUAUGCCGUAAGGCUAAAUUCUCUGUCACUAGAUACGGGGUACACACUGACAGGUAAGAUCACAGGAGAGCAGGAAUUAAACCAGUUAAUCUCUAUAGGAGCUUGCUUUUGACAUGUGUGUCUGUACUGUGUUACACAACACUGUUACAGCAAAAUCCAGAUUGGGUUUUAUUCAGUAUUCCCAGCAGGUAAUCUGCAGAUGCUAGGAAUACAGCUAAAGCUUUGUAAGGACCACUUGCAUUUGAAACAAACACAUUGCAAAGCAGAUGCUGUUGCAGUCAGGAUGCUUCUGCUUACCCGUCUAAGGGAUCAUUUCCUUAGGUUAGUUUCUCUGAGAAGAUACUGUUCUGUGAAGCUUAUACUGGGAUGCAACACUCCUUUGCUGUUUACUUAUAAGGCAUCCUGAUACACAGCCUGCUGAAGCUGUUGGAAUGGGAUCAGGUUUCAUUGUAACAAAAGUAAGCUGCCUAUUUCCUGUGCAUAAAUCUGCCAUAUGUGCUCAUAAAUACAAGUUUUUAUAUGUGAGCUGACCCUUAAUGGUCUAUCUGUUCAUUAUCUAGUAGGCCACUCUGUCCCUUGUCAACUUUGAUGCUUAGUUGCUUUUGGCAUUUAUGAUAUCUUUCCCAGUUUUCUCGCACUUCCACUUGUCUUGGUGAGAGAGAUGAAACACAAGAGAUUCUUUCUUCUGGGGAUCAUUUGUGACUUUUCCAGAAGGGGAAUAUUUUAAGUGUCAGCGUAAUUUGGAGAAGAGUGAGGGGAAGGUACUUGAAGUGAGAAUACCAUGUCACUGGGGUUGCUGUCAGGAUUGGUCCUUGCAGUGCCUGAAAAAGGGAUGAUACUUCUUUUGAUCUGCUCUCCUUUCCUGGAACUGAAAACUUGCUUUUAUCUCUCCAAACUUCCCAGCUAUUAUUUUGAACACGAUGAGCCAAACCGUGCAUUGUUACACAGAUGUAAAUCUGAUACGAUCUAACUUGGUUGAAUUAAAUCAUUCCUAAUUUAAAUCACUAUUGCUGAGAGCAGAUGUUGGUCCAAUAUAUGCAUUGGAGAAGCGUAAGUUGUGUAAAUUGAAAUGUCUGAAUAAAUACCAUUCUGUGUUAUUUACACUUC